UAAUUAGCUGAUUAUUCGCGAGAUUAUUUGCGUUGCGUGUGGAGAGUCGUAAUAGUGUUAAAAGAUCUGUGGAUAACGCGCGAAACUUUUUGACCGAUAAAUUUUCAAAUUACUUUAAUGCCUUGCAUUUGAGAUUUAUUUAAUUGAGAAUUCGUUUUAGCGAAACCAUGGAGGACGAAAACGAUGAAAGGGAUGAUACCAAAAGAAAGUCUAGGAAUUUGAGUGAGAAGAAACGAAGAGAUCAGUUUAAUAUGCUGGUGAACGAGCUCGGCAAUAUGGUGAACACAAAUACAAGAAAAAUGGACAAAUCUACGGUCUUAAAAUCUACGAUACUCUUUCUAAAGAAUCAUACCGAAUUGGCAGUAAGGUCAAGAGCCCACGAGAUACAAGAGGAUUGGAAACCUUCCUUCCUAUCGAACGAGGAGUUCACACAUUUAACCUUAGAGGCACUCGAUGGCUUCAUAAUGGUCUUCUCGUCGUCGGGACGAAUUUAUUACGUUUCUGAGAGUAUAACGUCGCUUCUGAGUUACCUCCCAAACGAGCUCACUAACUCAACAAUUUAUGAAAUAGCCUUUCAAGAGGACCAAUCACAUUUGUAUAAUAUUUUGGCUAACGCUGCGAGCGCCCGAGAACAAAGUAGUAUCAAAAAGGAGCAGCAAGUAUCGUUUACGUGCCAUAUUAAACGAGGGAGUCUAGAUUUUCGGGAAGAGCCGAUAUACGAGCUUGUGCAAUUUGUUGGAUACUUUCGUACGAAAAACGAUGGGGAUACCGAUAAUGUUAUUUCAACUAAUAGAUUUGGAAACAGCGUCGCUGGAGAAGCUAAAACAGUUUUCGUGUGUACUGGCCGUCUACAGAUGCCACAAUUAAUACGAGAAAUGUCUAUUGUGGAUAAUACGAAAACGGAAUUCACCUCUAGGCACAGCCUAGAAUGGAAAUUCCUGUUUUUAGAUCACAGAGCACCACCAAUAAUUGGAUACUUACCUUUCGAAGUACUCGGCACAUCUGGAUAUGAUUAUUAUCACAUAGAUGAUUUGGAUAAAGUUGUAACUUGUCAUGAGUCUUUGAUGAAGAAAGGCGAGGGCACAUCCUGUCAUUAUCGAUUUCUUACCAAAGGACAGCAAUGGAUUUGGUUGCAAACGCGUUUCUACAUAACAUACAAUCAGUGGAAUUCCAAGCCAGAAUUCAUCGUGUGCACGCAUCAUGUUGUUAGCUACAUUGAUGUGAUUAAGCAUAUGAGAAGAAACGAUGACGAUUUCUCGAGUUUCAGAGUGCAAGAUGAUUUAAUGGUGUCGUCGAAACGAUCACAGAAUACACCGAGCCAAAUUCGUACGCCCUCUUGGUCUUCGAAAUCCGCGAGAACAUCGCGGUCGGUGAUGACGAUGCGCUCGCGACUUCGACACCAAGGCGACGAAUCCGACACUACUUCCGUCUCCGCUUGCUCACAAAGCUCACGAUCAUUCCAAGCUAUUUCUCAGCCAAUUACAAGGACGAGACUUCCUUCCGCCAAUAGCUCGACGAAUUCCAAAUCAAUUAUACCAAGCAAUGAGAACAGAUUGUCCGAGACUUCGCAUCAGCAACAAGAACAAGCACAACCGACGUAUCACCAGCAGACGCAACAACAGCAGCAGCAACAGCAGCAACAGCAGCAUCAACAAAUGACGCAAAAGUUGAAAGUUGAGCAGCAGCAUUUUACGGAUUUCUUGGAGCCGACACAACAGUACUCGAUGGUACCCAUGGAGAAUGUCGUAGGAGGCGGGUACUCAGGAUCGACCGAUGCAUCUCUCAUUGCGCCACUUCAGGCAAACGAGAUUCUCCAUCAGCAAGGAUUAUUAAUGACUCCGGUUCAAAAUCAAAUCCAAGAUGAGCUGCAACGUAAGCACGAAGAAUUGCAACAAUUAAUAGUCCAUCAGCAAGAAGAAUUACGAAGAGUAUCGGAGCAACUGUUGAUAGCUAAAUAUGGAAUAUUUUCACCAUUACUGAAUGUUGGUGUACCCUAUGGCGCGAAUCACUGUCAGCAAACGACUCGUUGCGUGAGUACAGCACAUCAGAGUGUAUCGGGUGUCAGCGUCUUCCCAGUGCCCAUCACGCUACCCGUAAACAUUGUGUCACCAGAGCUUUUUCCGCACUCGCUACCGGGAAGUGCCGUAUCGGCAUCGCCAAUCCCAACUCACAGCAACAUUGUUCAGAUGAUGAUGCCACAGCAGGAGCAGCAGCAGCAACAACAACAACAGCAACAACAACAGCAGCAACAGCAACAACAACAGCAGCAACAGCAACAUCAGCAACAACAACAGCAACAGCAGCUCGCGCAACCACCUAAUCAACAGCAGCAGGCGGAGGAACCAGCAACGAAUCUAAUUGGCUUCCAAAUGUGUCAGCAAAAUGAUCUGAUAUAUGCAAACAUCGAUACAACGCCAAACCAACAGCAAAGGCCAACGUGA